UGUGAGGGGCAUGCUGAACCCUCAGUUUCAGUGCAAUUCUCACCUGGCAGGGGCAUGUGGAAUGCUGCAACCUCAUUGGCUAGUUUGAAUCCAGACCCAGGGUUAUAUAUGAGGCCAUGGUCAUUGUUUCAAACUAUCCUACAGGAGGACAUCUUUGCUUUGCUUUGACUUCAUUUGACUUCAUCUGAUACUCUUGAAGAAUGGCUGAACAAGCUCAGAAGAAGAGGUCUGUUGACCGCACCUUUGUGCACUGCUUGCUGUGCCACAAACCCCAGGACCAUCUCUCUGUUCAUCUGGCCAAGGUGUGCAUGAAGAACAGCACGCAUGAGGAAAGAGCAGCUGAAGUUCAGAGAGCCAAAGCUUCGGGCAGAGACUGGGUCUGCAACAACAGGACCUGGGACUUCAACCAGCUCUGUGUUCUCCUGCCUGACAGACGCUCUCGGGUCACCAUGGUCAAGGAGCUUCUUAGACGUGGUUUUUUCAUCACGAACCAGCCCAGGGACUCUGAGUCUGAUGGUGACCUGGAAGAAGAAGCUGCUGUUGCUGGUCCGUCUGAUCUUCCUCAAACCCGUGUCGUUCAUAAGUGGGCUGCUGGCAUUACAGACUGCCAGAAGAUUUUGCGAGUGGCAAAGUCAGACGUGCUCAGGAUCCAGAGGGACGUGGAGGUGGGCAGAGAGCUCUCCAACACCCACAAGACGCUGUACCGUUACUACUGCGAGGCGCUCUUGGUGUUUGUCCACAUGCAGCGUCCACGAGCUGUGGAAGCCUUGACGGAUUCAGAGUGGGUGAACAGGACCGAGCUGGGUGACAGGGUUGUGAUCGGCGUACAGAGUGGGACAACCUCGAGUAUGCAGAUCGCUCUUACCAAAGAGGAGCAAGCUUGCUUGGAGCUGUACUUCAACACCAUCAGGCCUGAGAGCGUUCAGUCAGAAAAACUUUGUAAGACGUUCUUUGUCUCGUCGUCUGGCGUGGAUGUUCACAGCGUCUCACGGGACAUGAAUCGGUUCCAUAAAUUGUACAAGCUGGCUCCUUUCUCUUCCCAGUGUGUGCGAAGGGCUGUUGAGGCGGCUGCAGAAAAGCUCCCGGUGCAACAACAGGGAGUACUGCACCAUUACCUGGGCCUCAGCGCUGGUGCAUUUCAGCCUCAGGAUGUCGUUGACGCAGCUUUGCUGCUGGAUUCAUUGUCCAGGACUUCUGUGCACGAGACAUCCUUGACCGCCAGCGGUACAGCACAGAAGGACUUUGUUGAGUUUGUGUCGAGAUUCCCUGUUUCGCUGGAGGGUCAGCCACCAUCCAAGAGGAAGCGGGUAGAAUCUGGUUUUCCAGAUGACCGCGUUUUCUACGACAAGUGGAGGACCACCCAGUAUGCCCAGAGACAGGAAUAUCUGCUGUCACGUUUCACAGUCCGCAAGCCUUCGGCAGCAAAGGUGGCACGCCUUAUCAUGCAGGAGGGCUGGAAGGUCAACUGUCCUAAGCCGGAGGACAUCGAACGGCUGUGGGUGCCACCCACGAAGGUAGCAGUUGAAGAUGACAAGUUCAUCCUCAGCUGUGUAUCUCAGCAGACCUGGUCGGGCCUGGCCAUCAAAGACUUCGGUGCCAAGCAAGGUUUUGGAGUCGUUGCGACCCGGCAGUUCUCCCAGCACGACAUUGUCUGUGACUACCAUGGCAGGGUCAUCUCAGGGGCUGAAGGGAGGGCCAAGAUGGAAGGACUGAAUGACCAAGCCGGGUACCUGUUUUUCUUCAAGGCUGGACAGAGAGACCUGUGCGUGGAUGCCCAGACCUUCCCCUGUGAAUGCCACCCUGCUACAGACACUGUGGGCAGGCGGAUUAACCACUCUGCGAGGGCGCCUAACCUGAAGCCCUUUCACUGCAGGCUGCGUGUGAAUGGAGAGGAAAAGGACACCAUCCUCUUCAGGGCACUGCAGGACAUCAGUGUGGGCACAGAAUUCUGUUUCGACUACGGAGUGAAACGGAAGUCCUUCCGCGGAGAGGGCCUGGACCUGGACUGGCUGGAUGAGUAGGCUUGGUCCUGGUC